AUGUUUUUUUUAUUAUUCAACUGGCUGCUUAAAGAUUCGAUGAAACACAAUUACGAUUAUGAACUGGUGAUAAAUAAAUUUCUUCGCGGCCAAAACUUUUUAAAUUGUUUGUAACUGGCGCAUAUAAACCCCUUUUGCAGCUAAAAGGUCAAACAGGGGUUGUUACGCUCGCUAAACCGUUGGAAUAAAACAGCCUAAAAAUAAAUGAACAGAAUUGUUAAACGUAAAUUAGUUUUUGUAAAAGUCUGUUCACCGUUCAGUUUUAUCCGAUUUACAAACGCGGAAAAAAUCUAAAAAAGAAAAAAAAAAGACGUCCGCAGGAGCCUAUCCUGAGUCCUCGUUUUACAAGUCCGCCUUAUACUAGUCCGCGUUUUAUUACAAGUCCAGGUUUUACAAGUCCGCGUUUUACUAGUCCAGUCCAGUCCAGUCCGGUCCAGUCCUCCCAGUACAGUGUG